CCGCUGUGCACCAUGCACAUCACCCAGCUCAACCGCGAGUGCCUGCUACACCUCUUCUCCUUUCUGGACAAGGACAGCAGGAAGAACCUUGCCAGGACCUGCCCCCAGCUCCAGGAUGUGUUUGAGGACCCCGCACUCUGGCCCCUGCUGCACUUUCGUUCCCUCACAGAACUCAAGAAGGACAACUUCCUCCUGAGCCCGGCGCUCAGGAGCCUCUCCAUCUGCUGGCACUCCAGCCGCGUGCAGGUGUGCAGCAUCGAGGACUGGCUCAAGAGCGCCCUCCAGAGGAGCAUCUGCAGCCGGCACGAGAGCCUAGUCAGUGAUUUCCUCCUCCAGGUGUGCGACAGGUGCCCCAACCUGGCAUCCGUCACGCUCUCGGGCUGCGGCCACGUCACCGACGACUGCCUGGCGCGACUGCUGCGCUCCUGCCCGCGCCUGCGCGCGCUGCGCCUGGAGAACUGCGCGCGCGUCACCAACCGCACGCUGACGGCCGUGGCGGCGCACGGGCGGGCGCUGCAGACGCUGCACGUGGACUUCUGCCGCAACGUGAGCGCGGCCGGCCUGCGCCGCUUGCGCACCGCGUGCCCGCGCCUGACGCUGCGCGCCGAGCACAGCGCGGCCAUGAUCCCCGAUCAGCCCCCGCGCGGCCUGCGUUCGCCCGGCGCUGCCCUCCGCAAGCAGCUUCUGCGCUAGGCCGGCCGGGCCGUGGCUGGGACACCGGCCCUGGGCCUCCGAGCGGGAGGAGUGGCCUGCAUUGAACAACAGCCCCUAGACAGCCGCCACAUUCUCAGCCAAGACGGGGAUACGAGCGCCUCCCCCACACUACGAUUUUAUACAUUGGCUGAGUGCAAGAUUUGAUGGCCAGAUGCUUGGAGAACACUCGGGUGUUUCUCACUAAACACCAGCACCCUUCCCUGUCUCCCCUAAGCACCCGGUUCUCCGCCUGGCGCUGGGCGAGAGCCCUUAGCCCAUACUCCACCGCUGAGGUUGCAGUUGAGGGGGGGUCUAAAUAACAGCCGUGGGGAGGCGUGGCCGCUCGGAGCUACCCGGGGGCGCGUCUCCGUGCUGCACCAGCGGGAGAAGGGGAGGCACCCCGGGCACAGGGCGCUAGAGAGCCAUCGAACGGGUUACCUAGAGGCUUUGCUCCGCGCCCACCCCAGACCGCUAGCCUUUCAUCUGUCAGAUGCAUUCCUAGCAGUGACUACAAACGCGAUUCUACAAAAUUCGCUUGUUGCUGUGAUUUUUUCAUAAACUGGAUUGUUAUCCUUAUUUUCUACCGUCCUCCCAUCAUAAAGGGAAACAAUCAUUGGAAAAACCCAAAGUAAAGAC